UUUCCUUAUGUCACCUCACCCUUCUCGCUGAGAUCCUUGGAUGGCAGAAAGCCGUUUGUGACGAUCAAACUAUUACAACUGCAAUCGGGUUUCGAUCGUACCUCGAUCGUUCAACUCGACAUGACUUGACCUGCUACCGCCACCAUGUCCAACGGCGAUGAAAAUAAAUGGCACACAGUUACCGUUCGAGUCCCAUUUGCAUCAGAGCAACAUGCAUCCAUUGCCAAACAAGUAAUUGAAGUCGACAGGGAGCUUCAGCCAGACGUCGUAAAGCGUACAAUCGAAGUGGACAAAAAUGAGUUGGUUGCGACAUUCACGACUUUGACUGUCCGGCUUGCUCGCCUUACAGUCAAUGCUUUCCUCGAGAAUGUCGAUCUGGUCGUCCACACAAUAGGAGAAUUUGGUGAAGACGCCGAGAGAAGACCUUCAUCAUUAGCUCUGUAGUUCGUAUGUCAUAUUCGUUGAAUUGUCACAAAGACAUGACGAGCUAUACUAAUAUAUGUCCGCUAGCGAUACGCGAUGUAAUGUUCGGCUUCAAAUACAUUUUGAUUUCUUUCGCCUCUUGUAUAGUCACUACAGCCUUCACUCUUUGCUCUCAGGCUCCUCGUUAUCCUUCUUUGCUUUCUUUGCCUUCUUCUUGUCCUCUCGCAACUUCUUGACGAGAAGCUCCUCGAGCUCAGGGUCCUCGAGCUUCUUAUCUGACUUGACGAGUUCAGGCUUAUACCAAACAGGAGGGUGGGUAAUAAGUGCGGGUCCAGCGGGUAACAGCGCAAUUGUGAAGUGGAAUGCGGCAACAAAGGUAUUGUUGGGGGUAUAGCUGGCGCAGCAUGUGAUGAGAUGAAUAGCGUAGCAGAAUCGAUGUAGGAGAACACUUACAUGACCUCAUAGGGCUUGACAAGGCCGUGCU